AGGAAGGGUAGGAAGGGGUUGGGACUCGGCGAGAAGGAAGGUUUGGUGGUAAGCGGUGACGGCUCUCCAGCGACUUCCUGCCUUCGCCACUCCCAGAUUCGCAAGCGUUUAGAAGCGAGAGAGCGGACGGACAGCGGAGGCGGUCCGCUUGGACCAAUGGGCCGAGCGAUCCAUGUGUCGCUUCCCGCUCGCUUCCCCUCGCUCUGAUGCAUUCACCCUUUGCAGAUUCCUUCGAAUAUGCUCUAUAUUCUUUCUUCCUUCUUCUUCUUCGUCGGCUCCUCCCCCUCGUGAACGGAUAAGCGUUUCUCUUUUAGACCCCACCUCCCCCUUUCCCUAUAAAACGCCCCCGUUCCCUUUCUUGCCUUUUCACGUUCCACCCUCUUCUCUUUUUGACAGUUUCUCCUUCUUCGUGUUUACUUGUUCUGCUGGUAAGGGGCCAUGGAUAUUUCUUCGAGGUUGAAGCAUGUGUUCAGGCUUCAAGGGAGAGACAAGCAGGGUAGAAAGAUACUUCUCGUCAUAGGAAAGUAUUUCCCAGCUCGGAUGAUGAGUCCCGAGCAGUUGAAGAGGUAUUUGGAGGAGCAUGUGUACCCCCAUCUGGAGCAGAAGCAGCCCUUCUGCUUGGUCUACCUGCAUUCCCUCGUGCAGAGGAACGAGAACUUCCCUGGGAUCUCCGCUCUCCGGUGGAUCUACGAGGAGAUUCCGGCGGCCAUCAGGGAGAACCUCGGCGCCGUCUACUUCGUCCAUCCGGGGCUUCAGUCUCGCCUCUUCUUCGCCACCUUCGGCCGCUUCCUGUUCAGCGGAGGGUUGUAUGGGAAGUUCAAGUACAUAAAUCGCCUGGAGUUCCUGUGGGAGAACAUGAGGAAGAGCGAGAUUAAGAUCCCUGAGUUCGUCUAUGACCAUGACGAUGACUUGGAGCACAGGCCACUGAUGGACUACGGGUUGGAGACGGACCACCAUGGCUUCCACGACGCGGGAGCCAUGGACUCCACUGCGUCGAUGCAAUCGCUGAGAUGCAUCUCCUAGGGGCUUGCUUUAUAUUACGUUCCCUAUUGCAGAACCUGUUCUCUUUCUGCUUUCCCCUUUUUGGUAUUGUAAAGAAGCGCAGAAAUAUGUACAUAUUGAAAGGUUUCUCCAGAAAUACCGAAAUUUUGUGAUCUUUUCUUCUUC